UUUAAAAAAAGCUUGCAGCUGAGGCCAUGUUUUCAGAAAGUCAUCUCCUUCUUGGGUUUUUAAGUCUAAUGGCUAGAUGUUCAAAAGAACAGGACAUGUGGGAGCUCACGAAGAAGGAAACGAGCUCACUUGGAGCAGAUCCUAACUUGAAAUUUUGGCCUGGUGUAUUUUUAGCUAUGCACAGUUAUCAGGUGGUAGUAUUUGGAAAUACAAACAUGUGUCACAAAGAUCCCGUCACAACACGGAGCCCUGCUGCCCUUAUGCUACAGAGGGCUUUUUCUAAUGGAAUUAGUGGUUAAGUGGUGAAGGAUCUCAGUGCCUGGGUCAAAGCAUCCCCCUUUCUUGCUGCAGCUGUGGUAAAUGCUUGCUGCAGUACGAGUCUGGUCACCUAGCACCAGUUGUUCACAACGCUUUAUUUGUGCACAUUAGUGCAGUAUUUUCACGCAUGCUCUGCUUCACCACCCAGUUGGUGGAAAAUAGCGCAUACUGCUAACUCUUGGUUUAUCCACAGCUCGGAAAGGUUUCCAUGAUGUUCCUCUCAGCCUCCCACUGUCCACUUUGAACCAUCUGUCUCAAAACAGUGUGAUCCAUUUUCUUAAAUUUGCUCGAUGUACUUGUCAUAGCUUGAAAGUAAAACCAGAUGACAGAGUUGCAGCGGUGUCACCAUUAUGUGGCCCUUGGUCUGUGGGCUGAUACCAGCACUGCCUGGUUCUUCACUGCCUGCCUUGCAGUUCAGCAGCACAGGAUGAAUAAGAACCUCAGCUUUCCUGGACUUAGAAACAAGGAUGAGAUCUGUGAUGCUGAGCCCCUACUUGAGCAGAUCCAAAGCUGGGUGUCAGGAGGUGCCUGAUGGCCAAGGGCUUUCUUUGUUCUUUCCUAGGACAGCAAAGGAGUGCUUGCUGACCCCUGGUGUUUCUUGUUUCCAGCAAGACCCAGUUGCGAUCUGUUGUGUUCCAAAUUGAAAAACCUGAUAUGACAGCCCUGAGGUGAACGGAAUCAGCUCCUCCCCUGGGGAUAACCAUGCCUUCAAAUGGAAAACGCCUUGCACUCCUAGUGCCAGCCACUCCACUCAGCACAGGGCAGUGGGGCUCUGUGCUGUGCCAAGGUAAACGCAAAGCGCUGAAGUUAAAUUUUGCAAAUCCACCUUUCAAAUCUACGGCGAGAUUCACUUUAAACACUUCAGGAGUUCCCUUCCAAAAUCCACACAUUGAUACACAAGCAACACUGGGUAGUAAUCACAUUGUCCCGUUCAGUUUCAAAAGGAGAGAAGCGGACCUCGUCCAGAAACUUUCCAGCAGGCUACAAGAGAGACUGAGAACACACAGCAUUGAAUCAUCAGGAAAAUUGAAGAUUUCCCCUGAACAGCAUUGGGAUUUUACAGCAGAGGACUUGAAAGACCUUGGAGAAAUUGGACGAGGCGCUUAUGGUUCUGUCAACAAAAUGGUCCACAAACCAAGUGGGCAAAUUAUGGCAGUUAAAAGAAUUCGGUCGACAGUGGAUGAAAAAGAACAGAAGCAGCUUCUGAUGGACCUUGAUGUAGUAAUGCGAAGCAGUGACUGCCCAUAUAUUGUUCAGUUUUAUGGUGCACUCUUCAGAGAGGGUGACUGUUGGAUCUGUAUGGAGCUCAUGUCUACCUCGUUUGAUAAGUUUUACAAAUAUGUAUAUAGUGUAUUAGAUGAUGUUAUUCCAGAAGAAAUCCUAGGCAAAAUCACUUUAGCUACUGUGAAAGCACUAAACCACUUAAAAGAAAACUUGAAAAUCAUUCACAGAGAUAUCAAACCUUCCAAUAUUCUUCUGGACAGAAAUGGAAAUAUUAAACUCUGUGACUUCGGCAUUAGCGGACAGCUUGUGGACUCCAUUGCCAAAACACGAGAUGCAGGGUGCCGGCCAUACAUGGCGCCGGAAAGGAUAGAUCCCAGUGCAUCCAGGCAAGGCUAUGAUGUCCGCUCAGACGUCUGGAGCUUGGGGAUUACAUUGUAUGAGCUGGCCACAGGGCGAUUCCCCUACCCCAAAUGGAACAGUGUGUUUGACCAGUUGACACAAGUAGUAAAAGGAGACCCACCACAGCUGAGUAACUCAGAGGAAAGGGAAUUCUCCCCAAGUUUCAUCAACUUCGUCAACUUGUGCCUUACAAAGGACGAGUCCAAAAGGCCAAAGUACAAAGAGCUUCUGAAACAUCCCUUCAUUCUGAUGUAUGAGGAGCGCACGGUGGAUGUUGCAUGCUAUGUCUGUAAAAUCCUGGAUCAAAUGCCAGCAACUCCCAGCUCUCCAAUGUAUGUCGAUUGAUAUUGCUGCUACGUCAAACUCUAGAAAAAGGGCUGAGAGAAAACAAGCUGUAAAGAAUUUUCAUCACAUAUUGCAGUGUUUUUAAUGCUCGCCCAGACACCAUGUGCAAUAAUAUUGGUGUUAUUUCCAUCCUGUCUGUAUACUGUUGUCACAUAUAAAGUGCAUCCCUGUAAUACCUGAUCACACAGUGUUAGUGUUGGUCAAAGAGAGACCUCAUCUGCUCUUUUGUGGACAUAUUCAUGAGAUGUGGAAAUAAGUACAUUUAUUUGUUGACCGUGAUUGGAUAGCACCUGAAAUUCAUUUCUAGACUCAAAACUUGGAGACUCCUCAGCAGCUACUGGAAAGAUUUUUCUCUCAAAUUCUUCCAAUUGUUGUUUCAAGUAAUAAUAAAAAACAAACAAACGAAAGUUAGGCGUUGUCUGUCUGAACAUUAAGAGACUUUGCCUGGAGGGAGAAGAACUUGCUUAACCAACGAGAUGCUUUGCCUUCUGGAGCCAGAAAGGCAAAAGAGAAUUUUAUUCUUCACAAAGUGCAAUAGAUUUACCGCUAUGAAAUUCUGUUGCUUUACAGUCGCAGCAUUACUUUCUGGGGACAGUGUGCUCAGCUGAACUUCCUGUUAAGAGAGAAAUCCUGUUAAAUAUAGUGAAUAUGUCUUUACCAAAAAUAUGUUGCGUUGAAAGAGGCUAACAUUAAACUAUUCAGAGAUGGGACAUCAUGUAUUCUUUCUCCUUUUACCAAGCCAGCCACUCUUCACUCUUAACUAGGCGUCCUGUAAAUUGUUACCUGGUAAGAUAAGACCUUUGAUCUGAAGAAUUAUUAAAUUACUCAAUUGAAUUUAA